AUGGAGUACACUUAUGAUGUCGAUUUGGAAGAGCUAUGUCCUGUUUGUGGCGAUAAGGUGUCGGGAUACCACUAUGGACUACUUACGUGUGAAAGCUGCAAGGUAGGCUGCAAAAGACGCAAUCAUUUAUUUUUAUAGAGGCUUUCAUAGGCUAUAAUAUAGACCUAUCUUUUUAUUUACGUCAAGAUGAGAUGUCUAAAUCCAUCAAGAAAUUCGUUAUCAUUUGUAUUAAUACAAAUUAAUGUCUAUUAUUUUCGUUUGUAUUCAUUUUAUUGCAGCAUUGAUGAUGAUCUUAACUUGGCUAUUUUGUUAAUAGGCAUGUCUAUAUGAACUCUCUCACACAGGGUUUCUUCAAAAGAACGGUUCAAAAUAAUAAGAGGUAUACUUGUGCAGAAAACCAGGAUUGUAAAAUUGACAAAACUCAGAGGAAACGGUGUCCAUUUUGUCGGUUUCAGAAAUGCCUGAAUGUUGGAAUGCGAUUAGAAGGUAAAAUCAUUUUUAUUUGAUUAAUUUAGAUAAUUUCUAAGGUAUUUUGGUUUAACAUGGAAUGUUGUCAGAUUUUAAAAUUAUUAUAUUUGUAGAAUAUUUUUUGGGGGCUAUACAUCAGAAUUGAUCAAGUUUGAUAUCUGUUCGAUGAAAUUGCAUAUCUAUCUCUUUGGGUUGGUGAUAUAUUUUCUUAUACAACAGUAGGCCUGUAUAGGCUGCAUUAUAGUCUGACUGUUGGUAGGCUUAUUCUCAAAUAGGUGUCGUUAAAUAUUCGUCUCUAAUUAGUGAAACAUGAGAAAACUAUAUUAUAAGUAUAGUUUGUCAGUUGUUGCAUAUAUCUUUUUGUCAAUGGUUGGGUUUUAAUUGCUGUAUCAACAUUGGCAUAUUAUCUAAGGAAUUUCGAUAAAAAAUAUCUAGCUCCAGGUAAACUAUUUCAGUAUCCUUUGAUAAAAUAUGUAUGAAUAGUACGUUUUCUAAUAUUAUUGCGUAAUUAGAAGAGUUUUGGAUGAGGUUAUUCAUGAUAUGUCAUUAAAUCAUUAUGAGACAACAAGCUUGAAUGUAAGCUAUGUAAAUGCAAUUUAUGUUAUUUUGGGAUUCAGAAUAAUAACAAAACAAGAACUAACAUUUUUGUUUAUCCGUAGAAAUGAAAUUUACUUUACAAUGGAUUUAAUCCAUAUCUUCAGAUAUAUACAUUAAAUCUACAAAAUGAUUGCUCUAUUAGUGUAUUUUUGGUUUACAUUUUGAUUGCUGCACCAAGAACUCUCACAUGCUAACUUAGUGAAUGUUAGCAAUUAAUUGAAUAACAGUAAUGGUGUUCGAUUCCAUCAGCUGUCCGUGCCGAUCGCAUGCGAGGAGGCCGGAAUAAGUUUGGCCCCAUGUACAAGCGUGACCGAGCCCUCAAGCAGCAGAAGAAAGCGUUGAUUCGAGCCACCGGCCUCAAGAUGGAGACCACCCCUCCGAUGCUCUCCCCUGACACCCAGACAGACUACACCUUCACCGGCAGCCUCCCGGGCCUCCACCCGCUCCCCAAGGGCAUCCUCCACACCACCACCACCCCCAUCCCCAUCGCCCCCACAGACUACGACCGCUGCCUCUAUGGACCCCCCUCACUUGGCAUGGCCAUGCCUGGACUCCCCCCCCAUGCACCCUUACCCCCCCAGUACCAGUACGCCUCCUUCCCCAGCCGGGCGAUCAAGUCCGAGUACCCGGAACACUACACAAGCUCCCCAGACUCGGUAGUGGGCAGCUACAUCUACCCGGAGCAGGUCUACUCUGGAUCGGGCUCUCCGCAGGUGCCUGGGGUGCCUCAGCUGGUGCUGGAGUUUAUGCGCUGUGACCCGGACGAGCUGCAGGUGCAGAGUAAGAUCGCUGCUCACCUUCAGCAGGAGCAGAGUGGCCGGGGGGGCAAGGGUCAGGAGAGACUCAGCACCUUCAGCCUCAUGUGUCACAUGGCCGACCAGACGCUCUUCUCCAUCGUGGAGUGGGCCCGAGGCUGCAUCUUCUUCAAGGAGCUCAAGGUAGGGAAGUCAAUACUUUGUUGUCAUACCAACCAAAGUUGUUAAUUGUUUGGAAAUCUUAAAAUUCCUCAGAGAUGGUUUAGACUGUAGAUUAUAUGCCGCCCAUUCUUCUUUACACUUUUUUCAAGAAAAAGGAAUCUAUUAGUACAAAGGUGUUUUAGACAUCCAACAAACCUCACAGAGUACAAAAUGCCAUGUGAAAAUAAGACAAAAAAACCUUCCCACUGUUUUGAUGCUCCUGUAGUUUUAUUAGCAAUGUUUCAACCACAAAGAUCUUCGUCAGGCUUACAGGUAGGACCUUUUGUACAGGUAAGGCUGACAAAGGCCCUUUCUGGUUUAAAGGUUUCACAUUUUGCAGAGCCCGUAGUCUAAUAUUGAUUAUUCGCCUGAGUGGGCCCUGCGAGAAUCAUAAAAUGGUGGAUACAUAAUGUUGUAUUAUCCCCAGGCAUAUGACAUAUGUUAUUGUAUGUUUGUGUUUGUUGGGGUCAGUUCCAUAUAUCAGGAAGUUAAUUGAAAUUCAAGUGAUGAAUUGGGAAAAACUCAACAAUGAAAAUGAUAACCAAUUCCAAUUGCUGAACUGAGUGGAAAUCGCCAAUGCAAUAACAUUGGGAUACACACACACACAAGCGCACCCACAUUUGCACAUACACACACAUACACUGUCAACAUUUACCAUUUUACAUGUGGACAGCCACGCACACAUCUCUCACACAUUAUUCCGCUGUUUAUUUGGGACUUCCUACUGCAGAGGUGUCCACCAUGAUGAAAAGACGAUGACAGGUGGAAUCAAGGAAGCACAUCCGCACCCAUGACAAUUGAGAGAGCAGAGUGACAGCUUUUUUUCUCAUCACACACAGCCCAGGGGGUAUUUCACCAAGCAGCAUCAACAAGUUAGCCUUAGCAUUACAGUAGCCACCUACAUGGAACUUUGCAACAUGGUCUCCCAUGAAUAUGUAAAAAAUUGUGACAUUUAACCAUUGUAGUUAUAUGCAGUGGUGUGAAGUACUUAAGUAAAAAUACUUUAAAGUACUACUUAAGUCGUUUUUGGGGGGUAUCUGUACUUUACUAUUGAUCUUUUUGACAACUUUGACUUUUACUUCACUACAUUCCUAAAGAAAAUAAAUGUACUUUUUAUUCCAUACAUUUUCCCUGACACCCAAAAGUACUUGUUACAUUUAGAAUGCUUAGCAGGACAGGAAAAUGGUCCAAUUAACACACUUAUCAAGAGAACAUCCCUGGUCAUCCCUACUGCCUCUGUUCUGGCGUACUCUAAACACAUAUGUAAAUUAUGUCUGAGUGUUGGAGUAUGCCCCUGGCUAUCCGUAAAUUAAAAUAACAAGAAAAUGUUGCCGUCUGGUUUGCUUAAUAUAAGGAAUUUUAAAUUAUUUUUCCUUUUACUUUUGAUACUUAAGUAUAUUUAAAACCAAAUACUUUUAGACUUUUACUCAAGGAGUAUUUUACUGGGUGACUUUCACUUUUACUUGAGUCAUUUUCUAUUAAGGUAUCUUUACUUUUACUCAAGUAUGACAAUUGGUUACUUUUUCCACCACUGGUUAUAUGUCACUUGUUGUGACAUAUUUCUUACUGUAUAUGUCACUAUGGUGACAUAGAAUAGAGACAUAAUGAGAUAGGUCUGAACUUUACUAUAUAUUCUGAAAUAACUCCACACAACCUCAGAAUAGGCAUGCUAUAAUAACCUUAAUAAGUCAUAUCCCACUUUAGAAUUCUUUACACACCAGGGAAUUGUAGCACGCUAUUUCUGAGUGUUUAUUGAAGCUAACUGGCUAAUCCAUCGAUUUUCACUCUGUGUAAAGUUACCAUGAGGUGAACGGCUAAUCGACUUAGCUUCAACCGCUGCCCUCCCGCAAUGCUCUUCUCAAGACCCAUUCUGGUCAGGCGUGACUCGGGCUACCGACUAUCAGCGGUGAACAAACAGAUGCUCUGACACGUUGUAGCUACUUGAGCCCCGGGUGCAUGCUAGUUGCGGUAGGGACUGUGUGGGCGUGCAGUGAGGAGAGGAGCCAGGAAAGGGCAAUCUCUUCACUGUGGUUCCAUAGGCCAUAUCUUACUCUUCGUAUGUCUCCCAGCGCUAUUCACUUCAGUGUGACCUCCAUCCAUUCCUACCUGGAAGAGGUUUUAUGAAGUCAACCCUUCUUGGCCAUCCUGAGAGGCAGAAUGGAACAGUGUUGUCAGGAAAAGAGAUAUUUUAUAAAGCAGCAUUUUAUUUUAUUUUAUUAUCCCCUCUCCCCAGGUUCACGGUGAUGUUGACUGAACUCAUUUAGAGUGAGUUAGGGGGGAUGUUUCAUUGGCCUGUAUGUGUGUGUGUGUGUGUGUGUGCUGCAUGCAUGUGUGUGUGUGUGUGUGUGGGGGUGAGUGAGUGCGUGCCAGUGUGUGUGUCCGUGUGUGUGCGUGGGAGCGUGUGUGUGUGUGAUAGUGAUGAAUGGUAAUAGUGUACUUGCAGUGAUUUAACCUGGUUAGGUCGAGGUCGCGUUCAUCUCUCCUAAAAUAAAACACUUGAGUUUUACGCUGAUGUAAAGGAAGUGGACCCUCUUAAAGUGCUGCAUAAAGCGAUACCAUGUCCCUACUUUCAAUAUUUUCACAACAAUGGAAGCAUUGUUUGGUUUAGAGGAGUACAAUGGCUGAUUGAUCAAAAUGUAUAUUUUUCAGGGUCUGGGUGUUUAUUAAUACUUGAAUAGUUAACAGUUUAGUGUGCCUUAUUGUUCUUAAGGUCAGUUAAACAUGUUGGUAUGGUAUUGCUUUCCAUUCAUGGCUGAAGCAGACAAUAACAAUUAUAUUACUGUAUUCAAUUUAUAACACAUUACAUUGUUUUAGAUUAAUUUACAUAUAAUACCUUUUGCCUUUGUUGUCCUAUAUCAUAUAGUAGAUACAGUAUAUACAGAGUAAAUAACACAAAAUAAGAGGUUAAAGCACAAACUACCUUCAUGUAAUGUGAAAUGCUUCACCACAAGAACCUACUAGCCAAAGUCUACUUUCGCUUUCUGUAGUGGAGUGCUAGGACAAUAAACCAGUGGACUAUGAAUAAUAGGACUAUUUGCCAACAAGUCCCCAGUUAUUUUUGCUGGUACUGAAGGCAUUCCUUGUAGUAGAUAAGAGUGGAAUGUGUUCUCCAGAGUGUGUAGUUAAUGUGUUUGGGUUUACCAUGUGGAGGGAUAGACAGUAUUUGUAAAAUAUCAAGUUUUAUUUGAGAUUUUUACAGCUUUCUGUGUAGUCAAAACGUUACAAAAUCUAUUUCAAUGUUUCUAAAAGUGACCAUUAAUUGGCAUUUUCUUCUUCUUCUUAUCAGUCUACAGCUAGACUUCUGAAAGUUGUUUUAAAUCUAAGACGAGAGAAAGCUACUAAAUCAGCUGUGUGAUAUACACAUUAUCUGGUUGUCAUCAUACAUGUCUAAUAAAUCAUUUUAAUAGUGGUAUUUGUUAUCCAACCACUAUACAAAGGAAUUACUAUAUAAUACAUAAUCACUAUAUAAUACAUAAUCACUACAUAAUAAACUGAACAAAAAUAUAAAUUCAACAUGGAACAAUUUCAAAGAUUUUACUGAGUUAGUUCAUAUAAGGAAAUCAGUCAAUUUAAAUAAAUUCAUUAGGCCCUAAUCUAUGGAUUACACAUGACUGGGCAGGGGUGCAGCCAUGUGUGGGCCUGGGAGGGCAUAGGCCGACCAACUUGGCAGCCAGGCCCACCUGCUGGGGAGCCAGGCCCAGCCAAUCAGAAUGAGUUUUUCCCCACAAAAUUAUUACAUACUCCUUCUCUAAAAUGACCUUGGAGGCAUCUUAUGGUAGAGAAAUUAACAUAACAUUCUCUGGCAACAGCUCUGGUGGACAUUCCUGCAGUCAGUGUGCCAAUUGCACGCUCUCUCAAAACUUGUGACAUCUGUGGCAUUGUGUUGUGUGACAAAACUGCACAUUUUAAAGUGGCCUUUAUUGUCCCCAACACAAGGUGCACCUAUGUAAUGGUAAUGCUGUUUAAUCAGCUUCUUGACAUGCCACACCUGUGAAAUUUGAGAGAAAUACGCUUUUUGUGCGUAUGGAACAUUUGUGGGAUUUUUUAUUUCAGCUCAUGAAACAUGGGACCAACACUUUACAUGUUGCGUUUAUAUUUUUGUUCAGUGUACAUAAUCACUAUAUCAUACAUAAUCACUAUAUCAUGGGGUCACUCACUAUAUAACGUGUGUCCUGUGUCCAUAUUAUGGAUUUAAUUAAUUGCAUGGAUAUGGUGCUUUGCUGGUAGGUCUCAAAACCCCACCAUAUCCCUAUCCACUAGCCCUAAUCACCAUUCCACAACAGUCUCUCUACCCGCUCAGUAAAAUCCUGCUGUACUGCACCCAGACAUGCUCCCUCUGUCUCUGUCUACCUCUGGCCACCGCCGUCUGAGAACACACAAAUCAUCAUCAUCAUCUGCAUCAUAGUUCGGCUGCAGAUUAGUCACAAGCUUCCUCCAGUAGCUUCACACACACGCACGCGCGCGCGCACACGCACACGCACACACAUACAAAAGGAAAUAUUUGCAAUGAUUGAAAUAGCAAUUAUCAUACUGAAAUGAUGUAAGCAUUACAGUCAAUAGGUAUGUUUACAUGCACACAUUACUACGAUUAUUGUGAAUACUCAGAUUAAUAUAAUAGUUUGAUUAAAACAUUUACAUGCUUUGCAAGAAGAAUGUUUUCCCUAAUAAUACUGUUUACUUUGACACAUCUGAAAUCAGGCUACCUGAUUGGACUUUGAUCAAUGCAGAAAAUUGCCAAUCAAAAUAAACGUUAUAUCACAUAUUAUUAUAUUAAUAUUUAACCAAAUUAUAAUUGUAUUAUAAAUAUGAAGCCUAUUUGAAUCUGAGUUCAGAAAUAUAGAGUUUGCGUGUGAAAAGUUUUUCUAGAUUUUCCGAACUCAAUUCACUGGCACAAAAGAGAGAGACUCGCGUUGCUCAUGCUAGAACAUGCGCAGACCUAAUACACUGCUGGAACUCCGAUUCAUGUGUUUACAUGUCCUAAUAAAUCAAAAGAUUGCUAAAAAAUCUAGAUGUUUUAAUCGACGUAUGCUUACUUCGAUUAUAAUAAUAAUAAUAAUAAUAAUAAUAUGCCAUUUAGCAGACGCUUUUAUCCAAAGCAACUUACAGUCAUUUGCGCAUACAAUUUUACGUAUGGGUGGUCCCGGCGAUGGGUGGUCCCGGCGAUUAAGAUAAUCAGAGUAAGGUGUUUACAUGACUAAUGCCAUACUCGCCCUACUGCCAUAAUCAGUUUAAUAUGGAAUUAUUAGUGUGCAUGCAAACUUACUCGACAGUGCUAUGCUGGUGCUACGCUACUAACAAUCGACAAUACCUGGAGAUGUGUUGCCAUGUGUUUUUCAUGCCAGUACUAAGCUGAGCUGUGUUUGCUGUUUGUGUGUGUGUGUGUGUGUGCGAUGGUGGAUGUGGCAUACAUUAGCUUAUUGACUCUCUUCACCACGUGUUGAUGGUUAGUUUCCAGGUCUUUGUGUCUACGUCUGUGUUGGACAGGUGUGUGUCAAUCCCCUCACAGUAGAAUGGCUUCCGGAAGGAACUUCUACCUCAUUUACCAGGUGUAAUGACUCGCUACCAUGGCAUGCUAUAGCAAUAGAAUGAGCCAGGUGAACAUUAGCAUUGCACCAUAUGCGCUCAGCACAACUGCUCUAGUUUAGCUGUGUAUCAAUGCCAAGACAAAAAUAUAGAAUGUUGUUCAGUAUGUUGGUUAAUAGUACAAAAUAAUGAAUGUUUCAUUAAUUCAGAUGAUAUUUUUUUCCCACACUCACAAUACUUUUGCCUAAACUGGCACCUCAGUGGCUUUACAAUGUGGCUGUAUACACGUCUUAUUAUAUGCUAGAGUGGUAUUCACCAUUGACUGUUACAAAUAGUUCACGCACUCACCCAUGGGCGAGUGAAAGCUGGGAGCUUGGGAGAGAAGCAAGAAAAUCCAUCAAAAUUCUGAGGUACUUGACAUUUUCAAUAGGUGCAGAUGGGGGAAUAGCAGUAGAAUGCCACAGACAACAGUCUUUAUGGUGUGCACUGUAUUCCAAAUGAAAAAAUAUAUAUAUAUAUAUUUUAUUGCGUUCACAUUACUGUGUGUCAAUGGUUUGUUGUGCAAUUCCUGAAGUGUGUAUUGAAUCCGGUCUGGAAUUUGUGUUAAAAAACUUGUUGUGCUAUAACAAAUAAAUGAAAAACCGACCUCGCGGGGACAGAGCACGACUUAGUGGUAAAUACCAUCGAUUUGCCAUGGCAACAGAAAAUCCAGACUGAAUGGGGCCAUGUCUCUAUGGGUCUCUGUUCAUAUACUGUAUCUAGGUAUCUUUGGUGAUGUUGACAUGUUUUUGUCCCUGGCUAGUGCAUUUCCAUAAAAUGGAAGACUUAACUGAUAUUCAAAUAAUGUCGACGUUCGUCAAACAAGCAUGCUCGCACUCACGUCAUGUGAUGAGAUGGGCUGGUUGUUAAGCUGCAUUGCAAUGAAAUUGAUUUUGUCCGUACUGUGUUGCUGUUCUCUGGGUUUGUAGUUGUUUGUGGCAUUUACCCAAAAUGCAACUUCUGCACAGAAAAUGGAUAAUGGAUAGUGGAUAAUGGAUAGUGGAUAAUGGAUAGUGGAUAAUGGAUCAUGGAUCAUGGAUCAUGGAUCAUGGAUAGUGGAUCAUGGAUCAUGGAUCAUGGAUCAUGGAUAAUCCAUAGCUUGACUACGCCACAAAAAGCAGACCACAAUAAUCUUUUGUCAUAUCAGAAAGGUUUUCUGGACCAUACUGUAUAAACUCUAUUUUAUAGAGUGACACUGCCCCCAUGUUCACUGUGAAUAAACCCGCCAUUGUUUGGUUAACCUUUCUAUGUAGCCUGGGAACUAAUCUGAAUUUCUCUCUGUUUCACGUCACAAUAUCAGUCUGGCCAUGGCCAUGGGCUUUCAUUACAACUGUUUACGCCUACAUUUGUACUGGUGCAUUACUACUACUUCUGGUUAAGGACAUUAAGUUAAUUGAUAGUUAAAGGGAUAGUUCACUUUUUUAAGUUUAGCUCAUUUUUGACUGUUGUCAUUUUAACCAAACCAUUUGAAGUCUGUUAGCUUGUUAUGUAGCAAUGCCACGGGGAUUCAAAAGCAUGGGAAUCCGUGUAUCUGGAACGCACCCCAAAUACGUGUGUUUGAAUGGAUGUUCGUUCCUUCUUUCUUCUAUCAGGUGGGAGAUCAGAUGAAGCUGCUUCACAACUGCUGGAGCGAGCUGCUGGUGUUGGACUUCAUCUCCAGGCAAGUCCAACACGGCAAGGAGGGCAGCGUGCUACUGGUCACAGGGCAGGAGGUGAGUGCAAUGAUCACCACGCGUCAUCACACACACGCACACACACACACGCACGAACGCACGCACGCACACACACAGAAGUUAGAAGUCAGUCACGCCACUCCUCAUGGUAAACGCAUAUCACUGAGUCUACCUUUAAUGAGUCCAGAAAGUACUUUUUUGGGGAAAGUUCCUAUGUUGAAACUCAUGCAUGUGUAUGUUGUGGUCUAGGUGGAACUGACGUCCAUAGCAUCCCAGGCAGGAGCCACUCUCACAAGCCUGGUACAGAGAGGACAGGAGCUAGUUGAGAAACUACAGACCCUACAGGCGGACCGCAGAGAAAUCACCUGCUUCAAGUUCCUCAUCCUCUUUAACCCUGGUGUGUGGGAGAUCCAAUUGCAUGUACAGGGGACUGCCAUGGGGAGCUGCAUCCAAUUACAGGGGACCGCCAUGGGGAGCUGGAUAUCCCCAUAACAAAUAAUUCUCACCUAAUUAAGGGUUGAAAAUAUUGUUGAAAAUGUUAACUUUAUAUUAAGGUCGGUGGACCAAUCGCCUGCUUCAGGUUCCUUGUCCUCUUCGACCCCUGUGAGUGGGAGAUCAGCCAUGGGUUCUCCAUAGGUUAAUGUUAUCUGGGAUCCUUGGGACGUCCCUACUCUAAACCCUAACUCUAACCUUAACCCUUACCGUAACCAUUUAAAAUGUAAUCUUCAAUAGGGUAACGUCAGAGUUGGGAUGUCCCAAGGAACGUGGAUAGCAUGGACCGUUCUCCAUAGCCCCAUAACUAAUCAUAGACACCUACAGUGCCUUAAGAAAGUAUUCAUACCCCUUGACUUACUCCACAUUUUGUUGUGUUACAGCCUGAAUUAAAAAUAUAUUAAAUAAAUAAAAAUUCUCACCCAUCUACACACAAUACCCCAUAAUGACAAAGUGGAAACAUGUUUUUUUCGAAAUGUUUGCAAAUGUAUUAAAAAGGAAAUACAGAAAUAUCUCAUUCACAUAAGUAUUCACAACCCUUUCUGGGUAGGUCUCUAAGAGCUUUCCACACCUGGAUUGCAAUAUUUGCCCAUUAUUCUUUUCAAAAUUGUUCAAGCUGUGUCAAAUUGGUUGUUGAUAAUUGCUACGCAACCAUUUUCAGGUCUGAACCAGGUUUUCUUCUAGGAUUUUGCCUGUGCUUAGCUCCAUUCCGUAAAAUUUUUAUCCUGAAAAACUCCCCAGUCCUUAACAAUUACAAGCAUACCCACAACAUGACGCAGCAACCACUAUGCUUGAAAAUAUGGAGUGUGGUACUCAGUAAUGUGUUGUAUUGGAUUUACCCCAAACAUAACACUUUAUAUUCAGGACAAAAAGUUCAUUGCUUUGACACAUUUUUUGCAGUAUUAAUUUAGUGCCUUGUUGCAAACAGGAUGCAUGUUUUGGAAUUUUUUUAUGUACAGGCUUCCUUCUUUUCACUCUGUCAAUUAGGUUAGUAUUCUGGAGUAACUACAAUGUUGUUGAUCCAUCCUCAGUUUUCUCCUAUCACUGCCAUUAAACUCUGUAACUGUUUUAAUGUCACCAUUGGCCUCAUGGUGAAAUCCCUGAGCGGUUUCUUGUCUCUCUGGCAACUGAGUUAGGAAGGAUGCCGGUAUCUUUGUAGUGACUGGGUGUAUUGAUACACCAUCCAAAGUGUAAUUAAUACCUUCCUGAUGCUCAAAGGGAUAUUCAAUGCCUGCUUUUUUUUUAUUUUGACCCAUCUACCAAUAGGUGCCCUUCUUUGCGAGGCAUUGGAAAAACCUCCCUGGUCGUUGUGGUUGAAUCUCUGUUUGAAAUUCACUGCUCUACUGAGGGACCUUACAGAUAAUUGUAUGUGUGGGGUACAGAGAUGAGAUAGUCAUUCAUAAAUCACGUGAAACACUAUUAUUGCACACAGAGUGAGUACAUGCAACCUAAUAUGUCACUUGUUAAGCACACUUGGACUCCUGAACUUAUUUAGCCAUAACAAAGGGGUUGAAUACUUAUUGACCCCAGACAUUUCAGCUUUUCAUUUUUAAUUAAUUAAAAAAACUAUUCGAAAAACACAAUUCCACUUUGACAUUGUGGGUUAUUUUAUUGUGUGUAGGCCAGUGACAAAAAAUCUCAAUCCAUUUAAAAUUCAGGCUGUAACACAGCAAAAUGUGGGAAAAGUCAAGAGGUCUGAAUACUUUCUGAAGGCAUUGAAAAUAUUAACUUGAUAUUCACCAUCCGUGGACCAAUAAGUGAAGUCAUGUCAAGUCCAACCUGAUUUAAAGUGCAUCUUCACAAAGUUUCAAUAUACUUUGAAGCAAUAAUAAGCAGUUCUCUGAGAAGCUAUAGGGAUUCCCAUGGUGGUUCUUGUUAACUGUAUGUCUCUUGGCACAGUCAUUUUCUGCAUUUGCAAACAUUGCCGCACGAUGGCGAUGCGUGCAAGUUGGUGGCAGAACAAGGGGAAGUUCUUAUAGAACGGCGCAAAAACGGCCUCUAUUUACAUGUUGCUUAUGAGUGCAUUUCACACUACUUUUGGAUUAUAAUUGGAUUUUAAGGCUCGUAUCAAUGUCCUGCUUAAUAUAAUGUUUGUCAUGUUCGCAAAUCAACUGCAUUAUACUUAAAAAAACACUUAUACUUCAAUCAGUAAAAUGGCUCUUUGGCUAGCUUUUGCUACAGCCUAUAUCAGUGAGCGUUAGCAUUCUAACUGCUGCAACCAUUCUAACUGCUCACAACCAAAUAUAAUCUUAACGACUGUUCAAGCAAGAAUCAAAACAUCAUUGUAAGCGUAUGAGAAUCCCAAAGUUUUUUUGUUUAGAAGUAAUAAUAAUGGAAAUCUAGGCUAUGUUGAAUGGGCGCAGAUGGCGAUGGCUUUCUUACUGCCGCCAAGAGUCGCGCGCAUCUGCGUGACGUCAGUGUGUCGUGUACUGGAAAAGGGUCUAUUAAAUGUAAAAUUCAUACAAUAUUUUUUAAACUCUCAUUUGGUACAAUUGUUAGGUGUAAUUGAAUUACAGAAGGUGUAUUUAUUGAGCACUGUUGGAGAAUUAGUGAAAUCAAAUAAUCAUGUGCUUAAAUGAGAUUGAAAGUUAUUAGUGUUGUAAAUGAAAUGCCCCACAAUGGCUUCUCAACCUUACCUAAUUUAUCACAUUUUAAAACAUAACUGGCAAUUCCUUCAAUUUGAGUUUGAUCCAAAGCAAUUAAUUUGUCAAAAGCAGGAUGGCGCGCUGAUAUGGCGGUAUAUAUUUAGGGGAUUUGAGCAUAUUGGCAGUUUGUCCCCUUUAUGGCUCUAAGAGGCUAAAUGAUUAGUCUAAAUGGAGUGGCGCUUUGCACAGGUUAUGGGCUUAAUUCGAAUUAGGCCGCUCUGAAUAGGCUAUGUUUACAAAGGCAACGAGCGUCGCCCUUGUUGCGCACUGCGCUCAAUGAAGGCUUAAUGGAUUGACCCCCACAUCGCUUUUUCUCCAGACAGACACUCGGCCAGAAUCCGCCGUGCUCGGUAGAUGGGAAAAUGGCCUUUUAUCAUCUACAUUCCCCUAAGCGGUAGCAAUUUAGAGCUAGCCCACUGUGAACAAAAGCUGCUUUUAAUAAUGAGAGUGCUUGAGAGGGCCCUGGCGUUUGCGCGGAGUGUGGAUCUUUGUGUGGGUUCUGUUUUCUGCCUCCCUCUUUCUGUCUCUCCAUCUCCCUCGCUCGCUCACUCUCUCCUCAUCUCUCUCUCAGUCUGUCGUCAUUUGUUCGUCUCUUUCUUCCUCAGGCAAUUCGGUCAUAUUUGUAGGGGCAAUUUUCACUUCACCUUUGAGCCGUAUUGAAAAUAUUAUCGACAACGUUUGAUUCAAUUGUGAGGGGCUCCCCCGUCGGUGCUCUCGUGCUGAACCCCAGGAAAGGAGCCUCAUCUGGGAAGAUGGCAAGCUGUUGUCCCUCUCUUAGCCAAGCUAGUGCUGGAGCUCAUAUGUGCUUCUAUACAUAACAGCCCACGUAAACAGACUUAUGUUAGCUAGCAUUUCACCCGCAAUAACAUCUGCUAAACACGUGUAUGUGACAAAUUACAUUUGAUUUGAUUUGAUCUCUAUAGUACAACAUAUCCUUGUGCUGGGUGCACAUAGUCGUGGAAAUGCUUGAGAUAAUCUCGAGCAUACACAGAAACAAAGAAAUACUGUGACAGACAGACAUGCACAGUUGGAUCCAUGUUUUCAAUAAGAUAAUGGCUAGGAUUCAAUCAAAGGCUCCAAUGUUUCUAAGGAACCUCUACAUACUGUCAUCCAGACAUGCCCCUUGACAGCAUGUAGAACAUGUUGUAUUUCUUAUUUGAUAUCUAAAGUCCUAGUAAGCCUGAUAUACAUAUUCAUCUUAAGAUUGCUAGGUGAGAAAACAACAUAUCACAGUCGUAGCAACUACAUUUUCCCUCAACAAAGUAGUUAUCAGAAAGUCAGGGGUAAUAGGAAAAGACAAGUGUUUUUGUGUGGGGGGUUGAUGGGCGCUGUUAGUCAUGCUUCCACAUGCCACGUCAAGUCACUAUAUGUCAUUUUCAAACACGUUCAAGAGCAGCACUUUGGACUGGAAAUUAAAGUUACAAAUAGUGCAUUUAGGGAAAAAAAAACACCACUAAAAACACACUCUCUUCUCCCCUCAGAUGUGAAGCUACUGGAGAACCAGGCGUUCGUGGAGGGCGUCCAGGAGCAGGUGAACGGGGCUCUGCUGGAGUACACAAUGUGUGCUUACCCCCAGUACCUGGACAAGUUCAGCCAGCUGCUGAUGCGCCUGCCUGAGCUCAAGGCCUUGUCGGCGCAGGCCGAGGACUACCUUUGUUACAAGCAUCUGAGCGGAGAGGUGCCUUGCAACAACCUGCUCAUCGAGAUGCUGCACGCCAAGAGGGCGUGUGCGUGA